UUACGCGUUGCUACCAGCAGGUGUCAGCCUAUCAGCAAUCAAGUCACCGGCGUUUCUUCUUCGUCGCUCUUUAUUUUAGUCCGUUGUUGACAGCUCACCGGAAGCUCCUUAUUUUCCUUCAAGAAAAGUCGCUUUUUCUUCUACUUUUCCCUGAAAACAAAGAAACACGGCGGCCUUUUUGGACCGGUGAUAGACGACAGGAAUGGAGGAAUAUAACAAUGGCAGCGAGAGCUCAUUCAACUCUGAAGAAGCUGAUAACAUCGUCAAAGAGUGUAUCGAGGGCGUCGUGGGUGCUGACGACUACAGCCAGAGUCUGGUGAACAAAUGGACCGCCGGCAUCGUGGAGCGCUGCCUCACACAGCUGGUGAAACAGGGGAAAGCGUACAAGUACAUCGUGACGUGUGCUGUGAUGCAGAAGACGGGAGCCGGCCUCCACACAGCCAACUCCUGCUACUGGGACACGGCCAUGGACGGAAGCAGCACGGUGAGAUGGGAGAACCGCACCAUGUACUGUGUGGUCAGUGUGUUUGCUGUGGCGGUGGCAUAGGACGCACUCACACACGCCCUCCAGCAGUGUGUUCCUGUGACCAGCAGGGGGCCACAAAGUGCCAUACAGCUGUGUACGCCUGAGAGAAACUGUUCUCUUCAGAUGCACUCAUAGUAAUGUAUUGAUCUCUUGUCACUGCAGUGCUCUUUAUUUAUCACUCGCUGACAGCACGCAGCAGCUGUUGUCCUGUGGUUUCUGAUGUUUGUUACGUGUAUCAUGUGAACAAGGGUUUUGUACUCUGAGCUGCAGGAGAAUAAACAGAUUCAUUGUGUUCAUUUCUCUUAAAUCAAUAAAGGUUUGAACAUUUGAACAAAA